UCAGUACACUCCAUCCCCAAACGCAAAACCCAUCAAAUUUCAUCACUCUCUCUUUCUCUCUCUCUGGUUUUCAGGAAAAGCUAGGGUUUCCAUGGCGACUAGGAUUGCUGCUCGAUAUGUUUCUCGCAGGCUCUCAAGCAAUGGCAAAGUCCUCGGCGAGGAGGAGAAGGCUGCAGAAAACAUCUAUAUCAAGAAAAAGGAACAAGAGAAGUUGGAGAAGCUUGCUCGUAAGGGCCCAAUCCCAGAAGAAACUCAUGCAACAAGCUCAGGAGCUGUAGGUGAUGCUAAACCGAGUGCUCAGGCCUCGUCAGACCCCAAAGUGUCGACUGAUAAGAACAGAAACUAUGCUGUCAUAGCUGGAAUCGCUACUAUUGCUGCUGCAGCUGGAUGGUACUGGCGUGCAACCAAGACAAAGCCCGAAGAAGUGCAGGAUUGAGAUUCAAAUUUCCAAGAAUUAAUCUUCGCUUUUAAUAAAACCAAACACAAUCCUUGAAAUCCAUGUUUUGUUAUGUUUGCGUUUUGUUCCGUUCGACAAUGUCUUGUUACUAUAAUCUGUGGUUGUCUCACGAGUACUGAAACGUGAGUUUUUGGCACAAGCGCGUUUGGCGAUUCUGUUGGGGGUAAAUGAGAUGACAACGUUUUUUCGUUGCUAUUAAUCGAUCCUAGUUACGGUUG